UACCAUCCAGAAACUGUUCUCGGUGUCGGACGGUGUGAAAACUGCUGGACUGCGUUUCUUUGUUGAACAGCGGAUGAAAUCUGCUCUUUUAGCGGUUAGAAAUGAUGAUGUUUAAGCUGCUUUUUUGGACUGGAUGCUACAGUCUGCUGUCAGUCACGGAACAAGUUACAGCUGAAACUGGGAUAUUUUGCUCCUCUGAGCCGGUAGAAUCAAUCUGCAACUCCAGCAUCGUUCUACAGUGUCACCUCGAGCCCCAGCAGGAUGCAACAGACAACACAGUGAAAUGGACUCAGCAGAGUGAUGUUGUACACAUUCAUAAAGGUGGAAAAGACAUUCCUGGAGAACAAAUGGAGACGUUUGAAGGACGCACGUCUCUGUUCUCUGAAGGUCUCCGUAAAGGAAAUCUGUCGCUCCAACUUUCCUCUUUAAAACUCUCCGACUCUGGAAGAUACAAGUGCUCCUUUCAGGACGACUCAGAGGAGAAGAGUUGUUACGUCAACCUCAGUGUCAGUGAGUUUGAAGUGAUCGGCUCACCUGAGCCAGUUACAGCAGAGUCGGGUCAGGAUGUGGUUCUACCAUGCCACCUGGAUCCUCCGUUUGAUGCAACAACACAAAACAUUGCUGUGGAGUGGAGAUGGAACAACUCUAUGGUGCACAAACAUCGAAGUCAGGCAGAUAAUAAUGAUGCUCAAGACCUGAGGUUUAAAGGCAGAACUUCUCUCUUCCAUGAUAAAAUGACUAAUGGAAACAUUUCCCUCAAACUGCAUAAUGUAACCCAAGAAGAUGAAGGAAAAUACACUUGUGCUGUUAAUUGCAAUGGUCGAUUGCAGAUGGGGAACAUCACCCUGAAAUUUGAGUUAAAGGAGGAAAAUUCAAACCAGACAGGAGAGUAUAAAGUGAUCGGCUCAUCUGAGCCAGUUACAGCAGAGUCGGGUCAGGAUGUGGUUCUACCAUGCCACCUGGAUCCUCCGUUUGAUGUAACAUCUCUGACUGUGGAGUGGAGAUGGAACAACGAUAAGGUGCACGUAUAUCAAAAUCUUGGAGAUGAUAAUGAGGAUCAAGAUCAGAGGUUUAAAAACAGAACUUCUCUCUUCCAUGAUGAAAUGAUUCAUGGAAACAUUUCCCUCAAACUGAGAAAUGUUUCUGAAGAAGAUGCAGGAAUUUACACCUGUUUUGUUCCUAAACUCAACUCUCAGGUGAAAAAAGGAAACAUCGUUCUGAAAGUUGUGUUGAAGGAUGAAGAUCCAAACAAGAAAGGACUUGUCAUUGGUCUUAGUGUUGGUCUUCCUGUCGGUGCUGCUAUUCUCAUUGCUGGUUUAGUUUAUUAUAAACUACGGAGACGAUGCAGGUCUGACCCGGUACCAAACCAAGACGGUUCAUGUGCUGGACAAAACAGUCCGCAAGCUGAUCCACAGGCUGAUCCAGAACCACAUGAAGAGGUUGAGAUGUUACCACCAGAAGUUCAUGGUGCACAGGAUGGACAAAGUGAGCAGCAAGACGACAACCAGGAAGAGGAGCCUUUAAAUGACCCGAACCAAGACAACAUUUAAACAUUCGUUUGAUCUGUUACUCAACCACUCAGUGGAAAGAAAGUUUGGCUUAAGUUUAUUAUUUGUCACUUCUUAGUCCACAUUUUUAUACUUUCUGUGUAGUGACUUUCAGUGAUUGAAUCAAUAAGUGUUUCUCAUUUUAACAUUGACCAAAAUACAAAGUCUGAACAUUAUAUUAAUAAUAAUAUUUACUAAAUCUAAAACACUUUCAUGUUACUGACGUAGUUCCAUCGUUUUAGUCAUCAUCUGAUAUUUCUCUCUUACAUUUCUGUUCAGUUAACUGGUUAUUUAUAGUCAGUCUGCUAGUUUAUUAUUUAUGAUUAUUAACCAGUUUAAAGGUUUAUUACCACAAACUGGUGGACUGGAGUAAACUAAGAGAGGUUCUGUAGUAACCAGCUGUAUCUCCAGUAUUGGAGAUGAUUCAUAUGUCAACACAGUCUACUAAAAAAGACUAAAAACAUCUCGUGCUUAUCAUUGAGAUCCAUUUAAAAUUAAUCUUGAUCUAAUGUUUCCAGCGUGUUAUCAGUCAGCCUGAAGAACAGUGUCCUCCAUACCAGAAGCAGCUGUAUUAGAUGGCCAAAAUCUCUGAUGUCUUUCUCAUGUGAACAUACAGGUGCUCGUCAUGAAAUUAGAAUAUCGUGAAAAAGUUGAUUUAUUUCAGUAAUUCCAUUCAAAAAGUGAAACUUGUAUAAUGUAGACAUUCCUUCCUCACAGACUGACAUAUUUCAAAUGUUUAUUUCUUUUCGUGUUGAUGAUUAUAACUUACAACUAAUGAAAACCCCAAAUUCAACAUCCCAGAAAAUUACAAUAUUACUUAAGACAAUACAAAAAAUGAUUUCUAGAAAUGUUUGCCACCUGAAAAGUAUGAACAUGAAAAGUAUGAGCAUGUACAGCACUCAAUACUUACUUGGGGCUCCUUUUGCCUGAAUUACUGCAGCAAUGCUCUGUGGCAUGGAGUCCAUCAGUCUGUGGCACCGUUCAGGUGUCAUGAGAGCCCAGGUUGCUCUGAUAGUGGCCUCCAGCUCUUCUGCAUUGUUGGGUCUGAUGUAUCACAUCUUCCUCUUCACAAUACAGGGCUCCAGACUAACUGUUUUUAUGAGGAGCACAGUGGCCCCUAACUUAAAUUUUUUGUAGCGCAAGCAGAAAAUUUAGGAGCGCACACUGAAAAAACCUUGCAUAGCAAACAUUCACAUUUCCUCUCAUUUCCACUGUAUUAGUGAUAAAUACUUGAAUAAAUUCAGAAAUUGCAAUGUUUACAAUCCACUUUUUUUUUUUUACAGUUACCUUAACAUAAAAAAACAUCUUACUUUCAGCACUAAUACAAUACAAGUAAACAUAGAACCUGUCAAAUCAAAUCAGAUCAGAUUUGAUGAUUUGAUUUGAUUUUCUCAGUGGGAAGAGUAAACUACGUUAUUCAUGUCAGUGAAUGUCGGUAGAUUUGUCGUUAGUCGUUUUUUAAAAAAAAGUUGCUAAAGGGGUCUGAAAACUCGCUUAAAAUAUCAACAAAGUCGCUAAGUUGGUAAUAAAUUCCAAAGCCAAUCACAGUGGUCAUUCGUCCUCCGCUCACACACACAUUGGUUGUCGCCUUCUUCAUUGGUGUUAGUCUCCUUUUCCCAUAUUGAUGUUAGUUUGAGUUGGCAAACCAGCAGCUAAUUUGUGCAUUACUGUGAACUACUGGGCUGAAGAGGGGAGCAGAAGUUUGUUAGCCACAAAAUAAAUUCAGUUAUAACUACUACAAGAAAAAGACCGGCAAAUGUCUCACAUUUUAGUCGCAAAAUGCGACCAUUUGGUCACAGUCUGGAGCCCUGCAAUACCCCACAGAUUCUCUAUGGGGUUAAGAUCAGACUGGUUCGCUGGCCAAUAAAGAACAGGGAUACCAUGGUCCUUAAACCAGGUACUGGUAGCUUUGGCACUGUGUGCAGGUGCCAGGUCCAGUUGGAAAAAUAAAUCUGCAUCUCCAUAAAGUUGGUCAGCCGCAGGAAGCAAGUGCUCUAAAACUUCCUGGUAGACGGCUGCUUUGACCGUGGACCUAAGAAAACACAGUGGACCAACACCAACAGAUGACAUGGCACCCCAAACCAUCACUGACUGUGGAAACUUUACACUCCACCUCAAGCAACGUGGAUUCUGUGCCUCUCCUCUUUUCCUCCAGACUCUGGGACCUUAAUUUCCAAAGGACAUGCAACAUGUCCUUCAUCAGCGUGCAUAACUUUGGACACUCAGCAGCAAUCAAGUCCUUUUUGUCUUUAGCCCAGGUGAGACGCUUCUGACGCUGUCUCUUGGUCAAGAGUGGCUUGACACAAGGAAUGCGGCAGCUGAAACCCAUGUCUUGCAUACAUCUGUGUGUGGUGGUUCCUGAAGCACUGACUCCAGCUGCAGUCCACUCUUUGUGAAUCACCCCCACAUUUUUUAAUGGGUUUCGUUUCACAAUCCUCUCCAGGGUGCAGUUAUCCGUAUUGCUUGUACACUUCUUUCUAUCACAUCUUUUCCUUCCCUUCGCCUCUCUAUUAAUGUGCUUGGACACAGAGCUCACAGCCAGCCUCUUUAGCAAUGACCUUUUGUGUCUUGCCCUCCUUGUGCAAGGUGUCAAUGGUCGUCUUUUG